AUGACCGCUUACGCGAGUUUCCAACAGUACGAGCUGUUAGAUUCCGAGGGGUACGGGUCGGCGAGCAGCCCGGAAUCGAAUCCGCGUAGCUGGACGCAUCCAGAGAUUUACCCCCAGCCACCGAGGUCCAGGGGUAGCAGCUGCGGCAGCGUGAGCUCCCUCGACUGUCAGAAUCGCGAGUACCAAGAGAUCGGUACCGCGAAUGGCAGCUUUCACGUGACCGCGACCGGUUUCAAUUUCACCGAGUUCUACGAGGGCUACUACCAGGAAGGCUGCCGAAACGAUCAUCAGACCGGUCACCCGAACAGCUCGAGGACCGCCAAGGAUCACGCGAAGGUUGCGUACAGGAUGAACGAAUGCGUCGAUAACGUUUACGAGAGUGUGACCAGCAACGAGAAUCCGACAGCGAAACAGACCGCCGCGGAGGUCGCAGCCAAGGCGGACCACCAUUCGGGGGUAAACGUCUACGGGAGCACCAGGUGCGACUUUGCCCAGAACCAAGAGAGCUUCUUCGUCGCGAAGGGUUACGGUGUACCGAAAGGUGACGGUUUUUUGCCUAGGAAUAACGGGAAUCCGUAUGGACAGAGGGGCGACAUUCUUUAUUUGGGCGCCGCGUACAGCGUCCAGAGGAACGAGGGCUACGUUCAGAACAGCCAGCCCGGUAAAUGUGAGACCGCGAGAUAUCACCAAAAAAACGACGGUCUGCACAUUGCCACGAUGGAGUACAGCGCGCAGAAGACCAAGGACACGAUGCAGAAGAUCAAAAACGGCACGCCGGGGAUCGAGGUGCUGAAGAAGAGACGACUGGCGGCGAACGCGCGCGAAAGAAGGAGAAUGAACAGUCUGAACGACGCGUUCGACAGACUCAGGGACGUCGUACCCAGCCUCGGCAACGACAGAAAGCUCAGCAAAUUCGAGACCCUGCAAAUGGCGCAAACGUACAUAUCGGCGCUCUACGAGCUCCUUCAAAGGGAGUGA